AUGGUAGCUAGUGGACUGGCAUCAAUAUCAGAUCAAAUGGGAAGCAUGUUCAAGAUUCCUGUAUUAACAUUUUUGACAGGUUUCUUAUUGCUUGUGCCGGUUGAAGUUAAUGGCAUACAUCCAGCACGCACUAUGUGCGUCUCCCAAAUUGCACUAGCCAACCAUGCGUGUGGAAGGUUGACUCCUUCGCCAGGACCCAACGUUCUCUACCAUCAUGAACACCGGCAUGGGCAUGGGCAUGGGCAUGGGCAUGGGAACAGACACAGGCAUAAUCGACAUGGGAACUUUGCCCGUGAAACACCCACAGAGAGCUGCUGCCGGUGGCUGAACGAUGUUGACAAUGAAUGCGUCUGUGAUUUGCUGAUUCAAUUGCCUGUAUUUCUUUCAAAGCCUGCACAUCAGUUCAGUGUCGUUAUUGGUGAAUCUUGCACUGUUACUUUUUCAUGUAGUGGACGAGUGAGACCCUGA